GGAUCCGCUAAUGUUGGGAGCGUUAGUUGGGAGCAUAUACGAACUUGCAAUCUCUCUCGAACACUACUAGUUCGCUUGCUAGCUAUCGAGAUAGGGUUCCCUUCCUUAACUCCUGGGAGGAAGAAAGUAGAAAACAUUAGCCGAGGAAGGUCCGAGAAAUGGCGAUCAUGUCUACUUCCCUCGCAUCUCAACUGUCUGGCUCCAAAUGCGCAAUCUCCUCUUGUCCGCAGUUCUCCGGAUUGCGUCGCUCCGGCUUGAGCUUGAAGUUGGAUCAGUCGCACACUUUCUCAACCACCCAAUCCUUCUUUGACCAUGUCAAUUCUCAUCUUCGUCUCUCCGAUGGUCGACGAGGUUGCAGAGGUGUCAUUACAAUGGCCGGUUCUGGGAAGUUUUUCGUUGGUGGGAACUGGAAGUGUAAUGGAACAAAGGAAUCUAUCAGCAAACUUGUUUCUGACUUAAAUGGUGCUGAAUUGGAGGCUGAUGUUGAUGUUGUUGUAGCACCUCCCUUCAUAUACAUUGACCAGGUAAAGAACUCUUUAACAGAUCGGAUUGAGAUAUCUGCUCAAAAUUCUUGGGUUGGAAAAGGUGGAGCUUUUACAGGGGAAAUCAGUGUGGAACAAUUGAAGGAUAUAGGCUGCAAUUGGGUAAUUCUUGGGCAUUCUGAGCGGAGACAUAUCAUCGGUGAGGAUGAUCAGUUUAUAGGAAAGAAAGCUGCAUAUUCUCUAAGCCAAAAUCUUAAGGUUAUAGCAUGCAUUGGUGAAAAACUAGAAGAACGGGAAGCUGGGAAAACUUUUGAUGUCUGUUUCCAACAGAUGAAGGCAUUUGCAGAGAAUGUGCCUAGUUGGGAGGAUGUAGUUAUUGCAUAUGAGCCUGUAUGGGCCAUUGGCACCGGUAAAGUAGCCACCCCCCAGCAGGCCCAAGAAGUACAUGUAGCUGUUCGUGACUGGCUAAAAAAGAAUGUCUCAGAAGAAGUUGCUUCCAAAACACGCAUUAUUUAUGGAGGAUCUGUAAAUGGGAGCAACUGUGCAGAGCUUGCAAAACAAGAAGAUAUUGAUGGAUUUCUUGUUGGUGGUGCUUCCCUAAAGGGUCCUGAGUUUGCUACUAUCAUCAAUUCUGUCACAUUCAAGAAGGUGGCUGCUUGAUCCUUUUUGAUGGAGUCUGUGCAGAUAAGGUCAAUUAAAGGCCAAAUAAAGACUAUUCAAGGUAGCAAUGUAAUGUAUCCAAACUAUGAGCGUUUCUAUUUGAGUGGGGUGUUGAUCAGAGCCCAGUUUUCCCAUCCCAUUGAGAACGAAUGCUUAUUUUUGUUGAACUUGGUACUCUUGUUUCUGGUUGAAAUUAAAUUAAUAAAAUCAUGUUAGUGCAA